AUGGGUAUCUUUAGCAGAUCACGCGCAAAUACGGCAAACGGGAUAUCGCAACCAGUCCUCACAUUCUCCGAUGCAGCGCCUCGAGAUGAUCUUCAAUCGUUGAGAACUUUCGAGUCGUCAAACCCAAGACCGCGUACAGCGAAGCUCGAGAAACAGACUGGUACAACCACAUCAAAUGGGCGAUUAUCUAGGCAGAAGUCGCAGAAAAACGUUGUCCAGGCAUUCGAUUUUACGAUUACGCAGCCUCCCGAGGGUCCUCUGGACCUAAACGAGCCUGUUUGUUUGAAUGGUGGUGGAAUGGAUUCGCAUGCGAUUGGGAUUGCGUUGGGUAGUCCUAGUAUGGUACCACCCCAAUACCAUCCUCGUGAAUGGUCUAGUCCUCCCUCGGAGCGACAGGAUACGACACCAAUAGUCAGCGGCACAGGAUCCUUGCGCCGGAAACCGAGCAAAUGGAGGAAAAUCGGAGGGAUGCUCAUUGGCAGACAAAAUGAAGAAAAAAACACCCGUGAAAAGUUUUAUCAGGUCGAGAUGAACAAGCCCCAGGACGAGACUGUGCGGGUUAUUCAAAACUCAGACUAUGAGCAGCCAAUUGUUAGUGUGUCGCCUCAGUUUCAUGAUGAUUGUUGGGAGGAUAAUCACCAGAAGAAUCCGGCUGAUUCCUUACUAACGGUUAACAUUCCGACGGUGCAGAUGGAGCGAUACAGCGUGAUGUUCCAUGACGUGCUGGGAGAGAAGCCGUCGUCGAAUUUGUUAGCUCGUCGGAGCAAGGCUUUGAACCGGCUUUAUGUGAACGGCAUGAAGCCCGGUCUCGAUGAACGACACAAACCACAACGACGGGCUACAUCACCAUCCACGAACCGCUCCUCAACAUUUACAUUAUUCCCUGGAGUUGCUCAAAACAAGAAUAUCAUCAAUGGCCAAUACAAACCUACCCGUGCUGCCAACGAGUUCGCUCCACGAAGCCCAGUUAGAUCAAACACCUUUCCAAGGGUAGCCAGGAUUAACAAGCAUGACAAUAACCUUACAGUUCCGGAUCUGCCACCUGCAUUAUCAACUGGAGCUUCCUCGGGUUUCUCUUCUGCGGAACCAUCGCCAAUUCCAAUCAAUAUACCCGUCACCACAGCGAGGAACAACAUCAAUCCCAAGAACGAGCCGGUAUGGGAGAUGAUCACCACUAGAAAGGCUUCAUCUGGUUCUCUGGAAGGUACUAGACCGUCUACGGAUGUAGAAGCAUCUCCGAAACCGACUUCGACGCCGACGAUGACCACACCUUUGAUACCGCAGGAACAAACCGUCCAGAAGACAAACGGCCAGAGAGCAAAACCUGCUACAAGACCAUCACUUGCAGUCCUGCCACCCCGAAAAGCUUCCCUACUAGCCUAUGCGGACAAAGCAAAACCGAAAGCCAGAAGCAACAACGGGAUCCAAGAAGACAACCACCCCCUCCUCCUAUCAGCGCACGAAACUAACGCAUCCCCCGUUCGAGACGUUCCGAAACAACCACAACUCCAACGCUCCCAAACAAUGCCCUUACCCCUAAAUUUCACCAAAAAGACAUCCACCCAAACCCCGUCAACAAGCCAAGCAACAGGAACGACAAAGCUCCAUCCAAACCCCUCAAGCGACUCCCUCCUCCUCGACGCAUCCUUCUCAUCCUCAAUCACCUCACCCAUGAUUCCCCAAACACUUGAAAUCUCAAUCGCACGCUCCGUCUCCCUAAGUCGGCGCAUAAUCCCCAAACAGACCCUCGUGCCCCUAGGACCAAAUACGCAUGCUUUCUUCCACAAUGAGAAUGAGCGAUUCGGCGAGUUGAUGGCACAGAAAAGGGUGCCUGUGUUGAUUGAUAUUAGCCCUGCGACUGCGGAUGGUAGUGAUGGGGAAAUAGAAGGGGAGGGUGGUGUAGGGGGUGCAGGACAUAGGUAUCAAAAGUCACAGGAUAUUGUUAUUGAGUCUGCUUGA